AUGGACCGUCAAAGCACCACCGGUCCUGUGAAGGGCACAGUUAGACGUAUGCAAUCCGUGCUCACCCUUGGAAGACGAAAUGAACAUGAACUCAUGAUCAGCGCCCUCAAACUCAUGUAUAAUGGCGGCGGAACUUCUUUCGAGGCAGACGUCCUUCAUGAUAUCGGGAUCAAAUGCUAUCCUCUCGAACUCGACCAGCAGCCCACUUGUGUACCAGACAUGUUCUUCAGUCCCAUGUCAAAGGACCAACACGAAGUAGAUCUGACAGAUGCAGAAACACAGACAAGAUUUGCAUCUCGAGGUGCCUUCUGGGAUGAACGACGCCUCCCAGAUUACAUGCAUCAAUAUUCCAAGGCUCAAACAACAUGCGGUAUUCUUCGCUGCAACUUUCUUGGCAUGGAAAGUUUGUAA